AUGGGAAUUAUUACUUUUGUUAAGAGUGAUCGUGGUAUUAACGGGAAGCUACUGGCUGAGCGGAAUGGAGUCAAAAGGAGGAGUGAGGAGCUGGCCACGGAGAAGGAGGCUUUGAAGCGGCAGCUCUAUGAGUGUGAAAGCCUCAUUUGCCAACGAGAUGCUGUCCUCUCGGAGCGCACUCGCCACGUGGAGAGUCUGGCCAAGACGUUGGAGGAGUACAGAACGACGACCCAGGAACUGAGGCUGGAAAUCUCACACCUGGAGGAGCAGCUGAGUCAGAUCCAUGAGGGGCCGGAUGAGCUACCGGAAGGGGCCCAGGCGAGAAGAGUGGGCUGGACCAGGCUGCUGCCCCCAUCACUGGGCGUGGAGAUCGAGGCCAUUCGGCAGAAACGGCUUCUCCUCUGCCAGAAACAAGAAGUGGCAGCCGCCACUCUCGCCAGCCCUCUGUGUGGCGUGUGGCAGUGGGAGGAGGUCAUCCUUGAGACGGAUGAGGAAGUGGAAUUUCUGCCUGAAGCCCCAACCGGGGCACAGAGAAACUUGCAGGGAGAACCAGCGCACCCUCAGGGAGGAAGGAAGGAGCGAUCGAUGUGGUUGCCCAGAAGAGACGAAGAGGAGGAAGCAGAGCCCCAGAUCACGGCCAAUCUCCCCAGCCCUCUGGGGGACCCUCACCCUGAAGACGUUCCAGGAAGUCCUCCUGAGAGCCCUGCCGAGCCCGAGCCGAGGCAAGCCCUGGUGCCUGUGCGGAAAGAGCUGGUCCCAGUCAGGAGGCCUGUCUCGGGCCAGCUCUGCCUGCCCCCGCUGCAGCCCCAGCUGUUCAGGUGCGCCCCGAAGCGGCUCCAGAAGGAGGGUGGCCGUCAGGCGUUGGGGCAUUGCCCCCUGCUGAGACAGCACCAGCCACCCCCCACCCCGGGGCCCUCCCGAAGCACCGGACUGCCUCCCAACAGGGUCGCUCGGCCCCCGCUGGCCCCGGCACCCCUCCUGGGCCUGCUGCUGCUCCUGCUGUUCUCCCUCCUGCUCCUGGGCCGGUCCCCGCCCCCCACCUGGCCCCACCUCCAGCUCUGCUACCUCCAGCUGCCGCCUGUGUGAGCCGCUCAGAGCAAGGUCUAGUCAGAGAAUUCCCCGGGAAUCCUACUGUUAUUACCACUGUUGUGCCACCUCGAGCUGGGAGGACCCCAGUACGGGGCCCCCAGAUACAGUGCUCCAGGAUCCACACCCCUGUACUGGGUUUUUCUGUGAAGUCUUUCGGUUCUUUUUUUAACACUGGUGACUACAUUUCUCAGCAAUAGCAAAACAUUCCCAAUAAUGGAUUAAAUACUAAGGGUUUAUUUUCCUCCUAAAACAAGUUUGGAGGAGGACAGCUGUGGGCCCACAGCUCAGAGUCUCCACAGCCUGGGGGUAGAGGGAGCUAUGAUUCUCUAUGAGAUCCUCUCGGCCCUUCCCUCUGGCUAAGGAGAUGACAGGCGUAGCUUCAUACGUCACAUCUGUAGGAAGAAGGGGACGCAUCCCUUCCUUUCUUUAUAAAGAAAAGCCGUGGCCUUCCCACAGCCAGCAGCAGACCUGUGUUUAUGUCUCAUUGGCCAGAAGUGUUUGUUGCACCACUCCUAGCUGCAAGAGAGGCCGGGAGACUGAGCGCCUCUCCCCUCUCCUGGCAGAAAGAGGGAGAGAGACACGUGGGCCGGGCACACAUCACAGAUGUCCCCUGCAGUGCAAACAGCCCAAAGGAAAUGGACCACUGUGCCAUUUGCUCACUCAUCGCUUACUGCUCAUCCUCGUGUCACAAUUAGACUUUAGAAGAUAAAGCUAUGGGGCGCCUGGGUGGCUCAGUCUGUUAAGUGUCUGCCUUUGACUCAGGUCAUGAUCUCGAGGU